UGAUGCUGGAAACUAAAAGCAUCCAUGUUGUUUCACCAAUCGAUGAAAGGGCGAAAAUUGCCAGUUGGGUGAUUCAGAAUUCCGACUGCGUGGAGACGUACUGCAGUUUUUGUGGGGAGACGGGAGAAGGAGAAUGGAUUGGCUGUGAUGUGUGUCCACGCUGGUUUCAUGCUGGAUGCUACAACGGAGAUAUUGCGGAGAUAUUGGACGUACUUUGGAAAUGUCCAGCAUACGAGGCCGGUUGGCAUUAAAACGCAUUUGAUGUAAA